AUGGCCUUUGCAUUCAGUACAUGUCAAGAGAAGAUCGCCAGGGAUGCCAAAGAGUCAGUGUUGUAUAAGCCUUCCUGCGAACCGAAACCAGACGGCCAGUAUGUCAAGAGCACUAGCAUGUGUCCAGUAUCCUACGGUCUGAUCAGCUAUGUAGCAACCAUCGAGCAAAUUGCGACUUUGAAAAUGAUGUACUCUAGCAACUCGGAGCAAUUCUCCUCAAAUUAUAGAUUGAUAGCCAAGUAUUCGAUUCAAAACGGACAAUUCAAGAGAAUCAAAUCAAGUUUGGCAUGGAUCAUCAUAUCCACAGUAUUCCAGGCAGCGAUGACGCACAAGAAGGGCCUUGCCCAAGAGGCGUCUUUGGUGGGAGCGAACAUGAACGUUGAAAUUUCCCUUUUGAGUCUGACUCCGUUCGAGGUCUAUCAGAGGCCCUUUUGGGCACCAAGCCUUCCUCAUCGUGCAUCGCAUUCGCUCGGCAAGGCUCGAGGAGAGCACUCGGCGGCACCUACAUGCUCUAUACGGAAACGAGGCUACGACAUUGAAUUCGCGACCAAUCUUUUGCUGCCAUCUUCGGCUCAAAUUCACCAGGGAAUAUUAACGCUCAUGGCCGAGAUUAACGGCCAAUCUUCCUCCGAAGCGGCUUCUACCCCGGCGCCAGCCACGGAUCUUGCGGGACCAGCACCUCACCAAGCCCCGGCGACUCCAGAUGUACGUACGCAGUCCAGCGAGCCAGACGGACCAGACUCGGCAAGACACGCAUCAACGGAAUCACCAUCGGCUUAUGAGAAGCCCCCGGAAUCUCAGCCCAUGACUGCUUCUUCGUCGUCAUCCGGGUCGAAUGCUGUCAGCAAGGGUACCACCAAAGAAUUAGCGGCUCCAUAUGGGACGCGCUCGCGCAAUCGGGUAGGAACCGCUCGCCCCAAUUAUGCAGAGGACAACGAAGGGGAUUUGGAUUUUGAGUACUCGACGUCUGCUGCACCGCCUUCAUCAUCGGCGAGAAAGUCCAAUGCGAACAAAGAAUCGACGGCUGCCACAACCCCGCAGACCACGGGAUCAGAGGGGGUCCGCUCGCGAGGACCCAGUUCUCGACGUGCCCCUGUGGCACCGGAUGCGCAGUCGAACGCGGCGGCACGCCCUAUUCCAUCGGCGGCACCUAAGGAACCUGCACCUAAAGAACAUGCAAUGGGAAAUCCAGGCGCGACGACAGUCCCCGCCAGCCACAACCAAGCGCCGUCGCGGAAAAGAAAGGCUGGUGGCGCAACAAGCACAGGGCAAUCAACCGCUGCAUCAACACCAACAAGCGCUCACACAUCUACGAGACGAGGUGGUGCCGUUACCACGUCGACAACGCAACCGGCUCUGCGGGAGACUGCAAUGCCAAGCUUCGAGCUCAGCCAAAAGUACGUGAAGCAUGGGAAACUCAAGGCGGAUGACGGCACACUCUAUGGUCCAAAUGACCACGUAUACCUCGUCUGUGAGCCGCCUGGAGAGCCUUAUUACCUUGCUCGAAUUAUGGAGUUUCUUCACGUUGACAACAACCCCAGCCGUCCUGUGGAGGCUAUUCGUGUCAAUUGGUUCUAUCGUCCCCGAGACAUUCAACGCAAAAUCACCGAUACUCGACUUGUUUUCGCCAGUAUGCAUUCGGACAUCUCUCCCGUGACUUCUCUUCGCGGCAAGUGUCAAAUUCGGCACAAGAAUGAAGUGGAAGACUUCGAAGAAUAUCGCAAGCAGAGGGACUCUUUUUGGUUUGAAAAGAUGUACGAUCGAUACAUUCAACGACAUUACGAAGUCAUCCCGGUCAAUCAGGUGAUCAACGUCCCUGCAAAGGUAAAAAAGGUGCUGCAGGAGCGGUGGAAGUUUGUCAUUGUCGAGAUUGGGCGUGGCAAAGAAUUGACCAGCGCUGUCAAGCUCUGCAAACGAUGCGGCGCAUACUGUGCUAGCAACAAUUCGGUCGAGUGUGCUGUCUGCCAUAACACGUACCACAUGAACUGUGUGCGACCACCAUUGCAGAAGAAGCCCUCGCGAGGGUUUGGCUGGUCCUGCGGCCCUUGUAGUCGCGCGCAGGAACGAAAGCUCGAGGCCCGCAACACCCCCAUCAUUGGAAGCAUUAACGAGCAUGAAGAAGAGGAAAUCUUUGAAGAGGAGGAAGACGAGGGUCCAGGCCUUGCUGGCGAGACCGGAACCAGUACCCCUUCGCUGGAAGACAGCCAAGACUUGACGCUCCAUCCUGCAACGGCGGAUCAGAUUGCACAGACCAAGUUGUGGCCAUAUCGCUAUCUCGGAGUCCAUUGCCAUGUGGAAGAUGCACUAGAUUAUGACGACCGCAUCUACCCCCGAGCCAGUUCUCGACUUGGACCUCGUCAUCAGGCCAACGUCAUUGCUUGGCCUGGUCGACCUAUUGAGUUUGUGAAACCUGCUGAAAUCAGGCGCAAAUAUGGCCGUGGCAAUACCACCAAAAAGGACCCUAAGCUUCCCAAGGACGUCGCUGCGGCAUUGGAAGCUGACAAGGCAGCACGGGAAAAGCGCCCAAAGUGGGUGUUGGAUGAACCGCCCGGUUACGUUCCCCGUGGUGAGGAUAGGCCGAAUGGCGACCCAGAAAACACGGCUCAGUUGCUCUUUAAGCUCCCCGACGAGGACGACAUGGAAGCCAACCAGACGUACAUUCGAGGUGACGAUGAGAUGGCGAUAGAUAUGAAGCCGGAGGAAAGAGAAGAACGCGUCGACUCGUACAUGCAAAAGGCCAAGCGGCUCGCCAAGGAGGUUGGCGUGAAGGAAUACAAUACCAAUUUCCUGGACAAGGCGUUACAACUGUUUUACGAAAAUCGCUUUUCUGAGGGACCAGCAUUGGAGAAGCUAAAGCUGGUCAAUCGGAAAAAGGAUUUAAAGGAACCCGAGCUUAACCGAGAAGAGUUGAAACGGUUUGAAGAAGCUGUUUUGAAGUAUGGUUCAGAGCAUCGAAACCUUCGUGAACAUGUGCGAACCGUUAAACACCCAGACAUUGUGCGCUUUUAUUACACCUGGAAGAAGACGGAACGUGGAAAGCAGGUGUGGGGAAGUUACGAAGGCCGAAAGGCCAAAACGGGCGUCAAGCGCGGUGAAGCUCACCCAGCGAAGCUUGUGGACGAGCUUGCCGAUGACCACGAUGAUUCUGCGUUUGACAAGGACAAGGCAGCGGGCCACAAAUGCGGGUUUGAAUGCAAGUUUUGUGGCACGCGAAAAUCGAGACAAUGGCGUCGCGCACCGGGCGUCGCACCUGGUACAAAAGUUCCUCUGGACCCUAAUCAAAAAGGCAAAGACAAGGGACCCUACUUGGCCUUGGCCCUCUGCUUGAGAUGCGCUGGCCUAUGGAGAAGGUAUGGUAUCCAGUGGGAGAACAUUGAUGAGGUGGCCAAGAAGGUCGCUCAGGGAGGCGGGAAAGCGUGGAAGCGGAGAAUUGAUGAAGAGCUCUACAAUGAGCUGCUCGCCGCCAAUGAAUCUGCCGCACGUACAAAAGAAGUUGAGGCCAGUUCCUCCAGAGCGUCUCCGGCAACGGUGGCAUCAUCUCAGGCUGGGCAAGAGCCGGCGAAGAAGAGGGCUAGGACCACGGCUCAAGAAAAGCAAGAAAAGGAAUCAGCUGCGGCUGCAGAACCUGGACCAGUGGCUGCGCCCGCAGCUCCAAAGAAGAAGGCUCCUCCGAAGCCUCCAAGUCCACCGCCUGCGCCUGAGCUUCCCAAACCGCGAACGCUUCCUUGCUUUGUCUGUAAUCAAGUGGAACCCAAGGGUGAUCAGUUGCUGACGUGCCGGGAGUGCCGCAUGUCUGUCCACCGCAAUUGUUAUGGAGUUUCCGAGGGGCGAAAUGCUGCGAAAUGGGUCUGCGAUCCUUGCACCAAUGACAAGAACCCCCAAGUGUCAACUUCUUACGAAUGUGUCCUCUGUCCUGUCAAGUUCACGGAACGCGAUUUUGUAGAACCUCCCAAGGCGGCUGCGGGGAACAAGAAGAAGAAUGACAAGGAGCGUUUGGAACGUGAGUUGGCCAUUGAGGCGGCCAAAUUUUACCGACAAAAGCAAGAAGAGAUGCAUAAGCCAGUUGAUCCAUGUGAGCCGUUGAAACGGACUGCUGGUAACAAUUGGGUUCACGUCUUCUGCGCUGUUUGGACGCCAGAAAUGCGAUUUGGGAGUGCAAAGGCGUUGGAGCCCUCUGAAGGCAUUGGCACAAUUCCAUCAGCACGCUACGAACAAGUUUGCAAAAUCUGCAAAUCCAGCAAAGGUGCUUGUGUUGCCUGCCAUUACUGCCAUGCAACAGUUCACAUUGGCUGUGCGCACCAAGCUGGGUAUAUCCUGGGCUUUGAUGUGACUCCAGUCAAGGGUUCUCGACGUGACAUUGUCAACACUGUCACUUUAGGCGAAGAAUCCGGUCUUUUGACUGCUGCAGUUUGGUGCAAGGAUCAUCCUGUCAAGACCAUUAUGCACCCGAUCAGCGAGAUUGACCAGGAGACUGGAUUGAAUGCCUUGCAACUUUUUGUUCGGAACUACAAGCAAGCCGAUUUGACGUUGACUGGAACUGUGCGGAAAGCAAAUCUAGUCAAUCAAUCAACCAAGCUUCUUGCACAUGGCAUGGGUGCUUCGCCUUUGACUCACCGGGGAUCAGUCAGCCACGCCACCAAUGGAAUUACAGCAAGUGGAUGGUCCCGGAGAGGCUCAAGACCGUCUCCCUCUGAACCGAUCAAGUCUGAAGACACAGAUUUCCCUGACAGACGUUCCUCGGGAGUUGAUGGCAGCAAUGCAAAGAAGGUCAUUUGUGUGACAUGUGGCAUCGAUGUCAGCCCCAAAUGGUGGCCAUCUGAACACGCUAAACCAUCCAAGGGAUUAUUGGUAGAUGGACAGCCAAAGGCAAAGUCAGUUGAGCUCUCUCCAGCAGCAAGUGAUGGACUAUUGCGCAAUGGCGACAUGAUGAGCAAUGCGGACAGCAACACAUCGACCCCUGAUGUCGAAAUGAAAGAUGAUUCGGUGCCCCCGGCAGCGGCAAGUCUUGCUGCUGGCAAAUCGACACGGCGAAAAUCAUCGGCAGGCACACCGAUGCAAUGUCACAAAUGUCACUGGAAACGGCUACGUGAACCGUCUCCUGUUGCGCCUCCCAAGACCACGCCAGCUUCCACCGCUGCGUCACCAUUCCGAGCGCAGCCGCUGCCACCAUUUGUACAAUCAACGACGGCCACCCCGCCGGCUGCAACACAUCAGGCACCGCGGCCGCCUCCACCAGCUCAACUACCUUGGCCACCUGCUCCUGGACCAGGUCUCUGGAGAGAUCAUCCGCAGCCACCACAGCAGCCGCCGGCCGCAUCACUACCGCCAGCCCAGAAUGGACUUCGUCCAGUGAAUGGAUUCUCACCGCAACGCCCGCCUGCUGCUUUGGCAUAUUCUCAUAGUCCUCCGCAACCUAUCCCUCCUCCGCCUGCCGCAUUGCCGAUCGUUCCUCCGGCGGUUGUACCACCUCCACCUCCACCUCCACCUCCUCCAACCCAUCAUCACCAUCAUCAUCAUCCUCCUCCUCCUGUUCAUCACCAUCAUCAUGCUCCGCCUCCACCGGCCCAAGCCAACGGUUAUAGUCCACGACCGCCGCCUCCGCAUGCGCUUCCAAUCUUCGAGCAACCGCACCACGGAAUGCCGCACCUUACUCAUGCUGGUCCGGGUCCCAUAACAGGCCCAGGAUCGAUUCCUGUCUCACACUAUACUACCGCUCCUCCACCUCCACCGCUGCCUCCUCAUCCUGCUGCUUCUACUCAGCAUGUACACCCUCCACCGCAUACUGUGCCAAUUCAUCAUCACCACCACCACCACCAUCAUCAUCAUCGGCCUCAUCAUCCCACCGCUAGUCCAGCUGGGCCUCCUCAUAUUCCACCUCCGCCACAUGAUGCCCGCUCUCCACAUACGGUACAUCUCUCGCCAUUAGCGCCUCCAACUCGCUCGCUUGUGUCAGAGAAUAGUCCUUUCUCGUCUACCACUGCUCCUUCCCCACGUCUCGCAACUUUUAUGACGCCCGGCGGAGGGGUGGCCGGCCAAGCGGGCAGCCCGCCGAUUCCGAAGCGUGAGACACCUACAACGCCGUCAAUGCAAUCGGUCGGACCCGCUACGACUGGAUCUGGAUCUGAUAGUCGAGCAGCGGGCGGUGCAAGCGCGAGUCCAUCGUUGAAGAAUCUUUUGUCUUGAUUGAGCAUCUCAACGGACUGGCUCAGAGAUUCUGGUGCUAGGCAGCUGCAACGAGGCGAGACCAUUGUAUAGGAACCAAUUGCGGAGUUGCAUUUUUUUCGAAAUUUCUUGUUUAUUUUCGCAUUUUCAUCGCCAAAAAGAGCGGUUGACUUGCAUGUCUUUUUUUUUCUUUUUUUUUCUGGGCGCCCCCAUUACCAUUGUCAUUGAAGCUUUCAUC